ACAGACCCAGCUCCGGUCUCACCCGGAUGGCGGCUGUGAGGCGCGGCUGCCGGCCCUGGGGCUCGCUCCUCGGGCUGCUCGGGCUGGUCUCGGCCGCGGCCGCCGCCUGGGACCUGACUUCGCUGCGCUGCAACUUCGGCGCCUUCUGCGAAUGUGACUUCCGGCCCGACUUCCAGGGUCUGGAGUGUGACCUGGCACAGCACCUGGCGGGCCAGCAUUUGGCCAGGGCGCUGGUGGUGAAGGCACUGAAGGCCUUCGUGCAGGAUCCAGCCCCCACCAAGCCACUGGUCCUCUCUCUGCAUGGCUGGACUGGCACCGGCAAGUCCUAUGUCACCUCCCUGCUGGCACACUACCUCUUCCGGGGUGGCCUCCGCAGCCCCCAUGUGCACCACUUUUCCCCGGUCAUCCACUUCCCCCACCCUGGCCACCUGGAGCGCUACAAGAAGGAUCUGAAGAGCUGGGUCCAGGGAAACCUCACUGCCUGCAGCCGCUCUCUCUUCCUCUUCGAUGAGAUGGACAAGCUGGCCCCAGGCCUGAUAGAGGUCCUGAGACCUUUCCUGGGCUCCUCCUGGGUUGUCUAUGGGACCAACUAUCGCAAAGCCAUCUUCAUCUUCAUCAGCAACACUGGUGGCGAGCAGAUCAACCAGCUGGUGUUGGAGGCAUGGCGCAGCCGCCGAGAGCGCGAGGAGAUCCGCGUGCAAGAGCUGGAGCCGGUUAUCUCCCAGGCCGUGCUGGACAACCCGAACCAUGGCUUCUGGCGCUCAGGCAUCAUGGAAGAGCAUCUCCUGGAUGCCCUGGUGCCCUUCCUACCUCUCCAGAGGCACCACGUGCAACACUGUGUGCUCAAUGAGCUGGCCCAGCUAGGCCUGGAGCCAAGGGAUGAGGUCGUCCAGGCCGUGCUGGACAGCACCACCUUCUUCCCUGAGGACGAGCAGCUCUUUUCCUCCAAUGGCUGCAAGACUGUGGCAUCCCGAAUCGCCUUCUUCCUCUGACUCUCCAGGCAGCAUCCUUGUCUUCCUCUAUCUGGCCAGGCCGUGAAGGAAAGCCCUGGGGCCUCUGCCAGAGGGUCCCUUGUCCUGUGCCUCCUGGGACCCAGAGCACAAUAUGAAGAUGAGGAGGGCUGUUGGCUACCAUGAAACAGAAGGGCAGGGCAGGCCCUGGCCUCUUCACUGGUCUGAGGGCAUCUUGGCCUUUGCUUCCUUCCUCAGGGAAACCGCUGGUCGCCCCAGAACUUCAAUGAGCCUUGACCUCAUGCUCCAGCCUGAGCCUUCUUAAAAUGUGAAUUUUAACUCAGGGACGGUGGCUCGUGGCUGCUCCUUCCUUCUCUGGUCUGUUACUCUCGGCCCUGGCUCGGGCACCACACCCCGACCCUCCACCCCACACCCUAUGUCCCAGUAUCGUAAAACCAGGCUGAGACUUCUGUCUCUGGGAACAGAGGGACUCAAGUUGCCACUUGGACUGGGCUUUUCAAGUUUUUAAUUUUGUAAACGAAGAGAACAAAUACAAUAAAUUUAGCCAUGGGACCAGAGGAAUAAAUUUAGCCACGGAACCAGA